GGCUAUCGCGAUAACAUAUUUCACUCCACGUGAGUUAAUCGUCUUUGUGUGAAGCGCGGAUUAGCAACUAGCAUUAGCAAGGAGUCUGACAUUUGAGAAAUAUUGUAUUUUCAGUACAACACCAAUCCACAGAUCGAUAUAAGAGAAGAAUCAGUUUGUGUACCACCUGUCGGCCAUAGUAAACAGACACACUGAACCACCCGAGUCAUCUCCAUGGCACUAAGACGAGGACAUAUCAGGUACCUGAAGGUGUGUGAGGUUCAGACGUCUCAAAGUGAUGCCAGAGACGGUCAGCAAACUACCAAAGGAGCUGUCGGAAAGGUGACUGCUGCCUGCGGAUUGGUUGAGCGUGAGCUGUAUGAUAACGGCUUCAGUGAUCAGCUGAUGGAGGAUGACGACGCCCGGACAAACCUGAUUGUGAACUCCCUGCCACAGAGCAUGAGUCAGGACGAGCUGCGCAGUCUGUUCAGCAGCGUGGGCGACGUUGAGUCCGCCAAGCUCAUCAGGGACAAAGUGGCAGGCCACAGUUUAGGUUACGGCUUUGUUAACUUUGUUAACCCUAGUGAUGCAGAGAGGGCUAUCAGUACCCUCAAUGGCCUGAGGCUACAGUCUAAAACUAUCAAGGUUUCAUACGCGCGGCCGAGUUCAGACAUGAUCAAAGAUGCCAAUCUGUACAUCAGCGGUUUGCCCAGAACACUGAGCCAGCCUGAGCUGGAGGACAUGUUCUCUCGCUAUGGACGCAUCAUCAACUCCAGAGUGCUGGUUGACCAAGCCUCAGGUCUGUCUCGGGGUGUGGCCUUUAUUCGGUUUGAUAAACGAGCUGAGGCUGAUGAUGCUGUCAAGCACCUGAAUGGGCACACGCCCCCUGGCAGCUCUGAACCAAUCACAGUCAAGUUUGCUGCCAACCCCAAUCAGGCCAGGAACUCCCAGAUGAUGUCACAGAUGCACCAUGGGCAGUCACGGCGCUUUGGAGGACCUGUACAUCACCAGGCACAGAGGUUCAGGUUUUCUCCAAUGAGCGUGGACCACCUGGGUGGAGGUGGUGGGGUCUCAGGUAGCUCAUCAUCUGGUUGGUGCAUCUUCAUCUAUAACCUAGGUCAGGAUGCAGAUGAGGCCAUCCUGUGGCAGUUGUUUGGGCCAUUUGGCGCUGUCAUCAACGUGAAAGUGAUCCGAGAUUUCAGCACCAACAAGUGCAAAGGCUUCGGCUUUGUUACCAUGACAAACUACGAGGAGGCCGCCAUGGCAAUCCACAGCCUGAAUGGUUACCGACUGGGAGACAAAGUCCUGCAGGUGUCCUUCAAGACCAGCAAAGGACACAAGUAGAGGGUGAAGGGUGCUGUUUCUUCUUCUUUUCAGAAGAAGACUUGAACAGGUGAAAUGUAAAUUUUUGCAUGUGUUGUCAGUUGAGCGGAGCCUUUUGAGUUUUUGUCAUUUUUGAUACAGUCACUUGAGUUUUUCUCUGUGUGUCUCUGGUGUUCUUUUUUUUUUCUGAUAGUUAUAAAAGACUUUGGACGUCUUGUUGUCCAAGAUGGCCGACUGACACCAGCAGGUGUUAGUGAGGUAACUUUGGCUCUCCUCAUGUUAAAUGAUGUUGAGGAUAAUGAGCAGUUUUUGUAUUGAUGCUAGAAGCAGGUGUCGGCUCUGAAAUCCAGACAAGUCUCCAAAUCACACCGGUGAAACAAACACAGCUGUUUGAAACAAGAAACUAACAAAUAACUGAUACUUAACAUUUUGGUUCAGAGGAUACAUUAACAUAACAUGAACUCAUUUUGAAUAUUAAAGUGAAUUGUCAGUAAGUUUUUCUCAUUUGUACAAAAUACUGUUUUUCUGCACAUUCAACAAUAAAACAGGUGGUAGUUAAUCAUAGUCAAAUGAUAUAAAAGUUGUGUAAAAGAAUAUCAAGUUGUCAGUUUGUCAUGUUUUUGUUGUAACAUUUUCAAAUAAAGCUGAUCUGUUGUUGAUGUUG